CCCGAUUCCUGCUUUUAUUCCGCACCGCAGCGCCGCUAAAACCCGCCCGGGCGACGUGUGAGCGCCCGCGAGCCCUCGGUGCCGAACGCCGAACAACCGUCGCGGCUCUCGUGUGUUUUCUCCCUUUACGCGCAAAAGCUACUUUGUCCUGCAGAGCGGUUGGCCGGGCGUUAGCUAACCUCAGGGUGCUAGCAGCGUUAGCCUCGUAGCGGCAACCUGGAGGAGUGGGGGGGGGCAGGACAAAAACAACCACAGCCAAACGAACUGUUGAUUGUUUCGCGCGCGCGUGUGUGCGUGUUUGCUCCGACACGGCGGAGGAGAGAAAUAAACUUGCAGACCAGAAACGCCCGAAAACACGAUGAGUGUUGACGUGAAGAAACUGAAGGUGAACGAGCUGAAAGAGGAGCUCCAGCGCCGCGGCCUGGACACCAAAGGCCUGAAGGCGGACCUGGUGGUGAGGCUGAGAUCCGCGCUGGAGGCGGACUCGCCGGAUGAUGCUGCGGAGCCCGGGGAGCAGGCGGGCGACGUCGGCCGGGACUUCCAGGACAACGACGGAGACGAAGAUGGAGAUGAUGCGGAAGAAGAAGCAGAUGCAGUAGAGGAUUUGGAUGAUGAUGAUGAUGAUGGUGGUGAUGAUGAAGAUGCAGAAGAUGGGCGUGUUGAUCCAGUUGAUGGGCGUGUUGAUCCAGAUGAUGGGCCUGCUGAUGCAGAUGAUGGGCGUGUUGAUGCAGAUGAUGGGCGUGUUGAUGCAGAUGAUGGACGUGAUGAUCCAGAAGAUGUGGCUGAUGAUGGAGAUGAUGGGGUUGAUGAUGGAGACGAUGGGGUUGAUGAUGGAGAUCGACUGGCUGAAGCUGACGAUGCUGCCCUUGAAGAGGAAGAUGAGGGAAGAGAUUCAGGCGGUUAUUACGAGGAAGAGGAGGCGGACGGCGAGCCCUACGCAAGUCAACCAGCAUCAGACUCGGGCCACAGCAUGCCUGACUUCACAGCAGAUGUCGAUAUACACAAAGCUGACAAUAUGUCUGAGGAAACGCCUGAACCUGUGCCUGAACCAGAGGGGACAGCUGAGAACAAACCAGAAGUAAAAGUGGAGAUCAAAACCGAAGAGGACACCGAGCCUGUUGGAGACGGACAGCAGGAAAACCAAGAGGCAGAACAGAAACGCGACGAAGAUGACGCUGCUCAGGUCGAAGAAGUCAAAAUGGAAUCCGAUCGAGGCAGAGAGCACAGCCGCAAGAGACCAUAUGAGGAGAGCAGGAGCUACGGCUAUUACGAGCACCGAGAGGACAAGAGAUCUCGCACACCACAACCUCCUGCUGAAGACGAGGAGGAGAUCAUAGAUGACACUCUUGUUACCAUUGACACAUACAACUGUGAUCUGCACUUCAAAGUGUCCAGAGAUCGCUACAGUGGAUACCCAUUGACCAUCGAAGGCUUUGCCUACCUGUGGGCCGGAGCACGCGCUUCCCAUGGCGUCACCCAGGGUCGUGUGUGUUAUGAGAUGAAGAUCAAUGAGGAGAUUCCCGUGAAGCACCUUCCCAGCAGUGAGCCGGAUCCCCAUGUGGUCCGAAUCGGAUGGUCCCUCAACCACUGCAGCACUCAGCUUGGUGAGGAGGCCUUCUCCUAUGGAUACGGAGGAACAGGAAAGAAAUCAGAAGACUGUAAGUUUUCAGACUACGGGGAGAAGUUUGGUGAAAACGACGUCAUCGGCUGUUACAUUGACUUUGACGGCAGUGAAGGGGUGGAGAUGACAUAUUCAAAGAAUGGAGUGGGGUUGGGUGUGGCUUUUCGGACAACCAAGGAGGAGCUGGCAGGUCGUGCCCUGUUCCCUCAUGUGCUGGUGAAGAAUUGUGCUGUUGAGUUCAACUUUGGACAGAAGCCGGAGCCUUACUUCCCCCCACCAGAGGGAUACACCUACAUUCACAAUCUGGGGAUGGAGGACAAAAUCCGAGGCACAAAGGGACCUGCCAGCAAAUCUGACUGCGAGAUUUUGAUGAUGGUUGGCCUCCCUGCCUGUGGAAAGACUACUUGGGCCAUCAAGCAUGCCCAGACCAACCCUGAGAAGAAGUACAACAUUCUGGGCACAAACGCCAUCAUGGACAAGAUGAAGGUCAUGGGCCUACGCCGCCAAAAGAACUACGCCGGCCGCUGGGACAUUCUGAUUCAGCAGGCCACCCAGUGUCUGAACAGGCUGAUCGAGAUCGCCGCCCGCAAGAGACGCAACUACAUCCUUGACCAGACAAAUGUAUAUGGAUCAGCAAGGAGACGAAAAAUGCGUCCUUUUGAAGGUUUUCAACGCAAGGCUAUUGUAAUUUGUCCCACGGACGAGGAUUUAAAAGAACGAACAUUAAAGCAAACCAAUGAGCAGGGGAAGGAUGUGCCCGAUCAUGCUGUUUUAGAAAUGAAAGCCAACUUUACUCUCCCUGAGGCUUGCGACUUCCUGGAGGCGGUGACGCACAUUGAGCUGCCGCAAGAGGAGGCUGAAAAGCUGCUGAAGCAGUACAAUGAGGAGGGCCGCAAGGCUGGCCCGCCCCCUGAAAAACGCUUCGACAACAGGCAGGGUGGGUUCCGCGGCCGUGGCGCCAGUGGCGGUAGCUUCCAGCGGUAUGAUAACCGUGAAGGAUCCCGCGGCAGCUACCAGAACCGCAGUGGAGAUGGAGGCAGUGGCUACAGAGGAAGCUACAACCGUGGCAGCUAUAACCAAAGUCGUUGGGGCAACCGCGACGGAGCGUCUGAUUCACGCAGUGGAUACAGCCGCAGCCAGCCGUCGGGAGCAAGCUACAAUCGCCCGGCUCCUUACAAGGGGGGAGGAUACAGCCAGGGCUACAGCCAGAGCUACAGUCCAGGGUACAGCCAAGGCAGCUACAACCAGAAUUACUACGGCAACUACAGUCAGUACCCAGGAUACAGCCAGAGCUACAGCCAGACACCGACCACUGCACAGACCUACAACCACCACCAGCAACAGCCACAGCAGCAGCAAGCGCAGCAGCAGCCACAGCCACAGCAGCAGCAAACACAGAGCUACAACCAGCAAUAUCAGCAGUAUGCUCAGCAGUGGCAGCAGUACUACCAGAACCAGAACCAGUGGAACCAGUACUACAGCCAGUACGGCAGCUACCCUGGACAGGGCAGCCACGGCUCCUCCUCUGGUUCCCAGUAGCUUUGCCCCUCAUCUGUACCUGCAUCCACCUGUGUCCUAAACACCUCCGACCUCUGCGGCAAAUUGAUUUUUGUACAGUUCCACAUAAAGUCACCACCCAUAACUGUGUCUGUGUGGUUUAACACAGUAUCAUGCAUUAUUCACAGAUCAGUAUACAGUUUAAUGUCUCUGCAUUUAUCUUUUGUUUUUACUGAAUUGUCUUACUCUGAGCAGGGACUGUGAGGUGGUAGAUGAUAGGUAUCAAACAUUUAAUGAAUGUUAUCUAUUAUGCAUUGAAUGUGGACGUCUGUUGAACUUCAAACCCCCAUUUUCUACAGGUUGAAGAGGUGAUAGUUUAUUUCAAGGAGGCAUAGAGUGAAAAAGUGACAGGGCAGGAAAACGCAGCGAACCCUGAAUAACUUCGUGUAUUGAGAAGCUUAACAAAAGAACAAAAUUGCAUGCUUUUUACCAUCAAGACCCCCUCUCCCCUCUCCUUUGUCUUGCUUUUUAAUUUUCAGUUACCAAAUGAGAACAUUUUAUUUUUCUCUGAUAGAAUUCAAACCAUUGUGGAACAUUUUUUUAUAGGUGUUGAUACUGUAGUAUUUAAACAUUAAUCCCAUCUCUGAUUGAGAAGAUCUUGCCACUUAUUGUUGAGUAGUUGUAUGUGCAUUUUUUUUUUUUUAUCACUUUGUGAUUGCUGUUCAUUGAAUCCAGUAGUUUAAUCCUGUUUUGUCAAACCCACUUUUUUCUACCUGAAAAUGAAAACCUGAUAUUGACAAGUUACCCAAAUUGUCUUUUUGUCUUUAUACAAUAAAUGCAAUUGUAUGCGCCUGUAAA